AUGCUACCAACUCAUCAAAAGUUGACUCACUUGGCCGGAAGAUCCAUCAAAAGCGCUUCACUUCUGUGCUUACGACCUCGAGUGGCUGCCACAACACUUCGAUGCAGCAACAAAUCUUGCAUGUCUCCGGCUCGACCAGUCACGACAUCACCUGAAGGCACCAAGCGACGCAGACCCAAUAGCCCAACGCCGCCAAGAAAGCGAGCAUUCUCCAACAUGGCGCCUAUGCUGAUCCAAGAAGUUGAGGACGACACACCUCGCAAGAAGAUCGAAAUGACUCCCGCAGAGGCCACAUUCAGAAGACUGCUUCUCGACACUGCACAGCACAUCCAGGAAAAUCCUUCGUCGAGCAACGCCGAAAGCCAAGUACCACUUCCGCCUGAGUUGGAGAAGGAGCCACUGGUACUGCGCUUUACUGGAGGAUGGGUCCGCGAUAAGCUACUGGGUGUGCAGAGUCAUGACAUCGAUGUCGCGAUCAAUAAGAUGACUGGCUUCCAAUUCGCCCUGAGGAUGAAGGAGUAUCUGGAGCUGCCUGGCAAUCUUGAAAAGUAUGGUCUCGAGUCGAUUGCUGCCAACGAAAAGCAGAGCGCAAAGGCUGGUAUCACCGACAAGUCCAAGACUGUCGGUGGCCUGCACAAGAUCGAGGCCAACCCGGAGAAGUCGAAGCAUUUGGAGACUACGACUGUGAAGAUUCUUGGCAUGGACAUCGACUUCGUCAACUUGCGCAAGGAGACCUACUCAGAUGAUAGUCGGAAUCCGCAGAUGGAGUUUGGUACGCCCCAAGAAGAUGCUUUGCGCCGGGAUGCUACUGUGAACGCCAUGUUCUACAACAUCAACACCGAAGAGAUCGAAGAUUUCACGGGUCAAGGACACGAUGACAUGCGGGACAAGAUCAUCAGAACGCCACUUGAGCCAUAUCAGACCUUCAAGGACGAUCCACUUCGUGUGUUGAGACUCAUUCGAUUCGCGAGCAGACUUGGGUACACUAUCGAUGCGAAUGCGCUAGGAGCCAUGAGAAAUGCCGAUAUCAAGGACGCACUGCGAAGGAAGAUCAGCAGAGAGCGUGUCGGUGUCGAGAUGGAGAAGUCGUUACAGGGUCCAGAUCCGCAUGAAGCACUUAGACUGGUAUUCGAGCUGGAUCUCUACGACACAAUCUUCUCCGAUCCCGCCGUCGCAAACAACGAGCACUACUCACCAGACACGGAUGGAUGGAAAGUACUGAUCGACACGGUUGAGGACUUCACUUCUGGCGGCGUCAUACAGGACAACCUGAUGCGCGACAAGGACGAGCAGUAUCUUGCUUGGGUACUUGCUGCUCUGGUACCUUACCGAGAUGCACCUGAACCACAAUCACCAGAGCCUAAUCGCAAAGCGCCGCCACCAAUCCCGGCCAACGUCGCUCGUGAAGGCAUCAAGGCACCCAACAAGAUCUGUGACGUGGUUGGCGCUGCUGUCCGGAAUCAGAACGAGAUCUCAACUCUAGUCGACAGACUGCAUGAGAAGAAGCGAAGACCAGACAAGAAGAUCGAGGGCGAGGACCCAGCUGCUCGAGAUGUGCUUGGUAUGGCCAUCCGACGAUGGGGCGCGAGUUGGCGCAGUCAGCUGGUAUAUGCACUACUGGCGGACGUCGCGAACAGCCGCGAGCAGGUCGAAGUUAUCGAGCGCAUAUACGCUGCUUUCAUUGAGCACAUCCGCAGCCUCGAAAUCCUUGAAGUCUGCACCUUGAAGCCUCUACUCGAUGGCAAGCAGCUCGCAAAAGCCAUUGGCACACCACCAGGUCCCUGGAUGAAGGAUGCUCUCGAUGUAGUGAUGGCAUGGCAACUCCGAAACCCUGGCGUCAGCGACCCGGCGCAAGCCAUAGAGGAGGUCAAGACCCACCAAGCGAAUGGUGAGCUUACCACCGACCUUAUACGGCACUUCCUGAAGCUGACGAUCCGUCCUCUGUUCAUCAAGGCCAGCCCAUCUAGUGUCACCCAACAAGGCCGGAAGGUAGCUGCACCCGCCUUACCGAAGAAGAUGACCAUGGAGUCGAUGGACGAUGCCGCAACGAAGCCAUGGAAGAGCUCGAGGGAUGCUUACGCAUUAGAUAUCCUCGACUGGGCCGUGCGCAGUCUCGACAAGCGAAGUAUUGAGGAAAUGUGGCCCCUCGUCGUGCCACCAAUCCUGACCCUCCUCGACGACUGGGAGACCAAGUAUAAGACCAUCGGCACGGACCUCCUUCACCGCCUCCUCCAUACCACGCCGCCCUCACUUCUCAGCCGCACCGGUCUCGGCGAGGUCUUUGAAGAAGCCCUCAUGCCGUGUUUGACAUACCUCCCCGACCUCACUCCAGAACCCGAAGCGAUCCCCAUCCUUGCAGCGACAUAUCCAUGCCUCCUCACCUUAGCCGAAGAUCGCUUCCCUCUCGAUCCUACGCAGCCUCUAGGAACUAAUCACCACAACCGUGUCAAGUUCCUUGAUACCGUCAUCCGCAGGGGUAUCAUAUACGGAUACACCCACUGUUCCAACCAUCCCAAGAUUGUAACGCUGCUGUUUGAGCAUCUCGCAGAUUACCUAGAUGCGCUCGGAAUCGAUUGCGUCAAACAUAUCAAGUACAUCCUACCAAUGAUGACAGAAACACUGGGCCAUCGGCUUGGUAGUGUGGAUAUGAAGAUGUUGGGAAGUGCGGUGGGAGCGGUGCAGGCGUUGAUUCGAAAUGCGUGGCCGAGGAUGUUGGUGCAUCGCGGUGAAGUGUUGAAGGGGUUGUGUUUCUGCUGGAUCUACCUCUCCGAUCAGAGUGGAGAGGGAGUGGAAGCCCUGAGAGAGGAGAUGAAGAAGACUGUCGAACUCCUAGUCGCUGCGGUCGAGAAAGAGCACGAUCUGAAACCUGAUCUCGAAACUCUAGUCAACGCCGACGUCAAGCUAAAAGGUCUCUUCGCAGUCUUGUCAACGCAGUAG